CUCACGGUGUGGCUGCUGUUUUGUUGGUGAUGCAGAGAACAGCUGAGCUGCCUGCUGCCCCUUCACCCUUCUGGUCGUUGCUGGCGCUGCUGCGGCGGGAGCCCGGCAUGGGGUGGCUGCCGUGUUGUCCGGGUGACUGCACCGGAUCGUGUGGUACCAGUGGACUGGAGGCUGACAGCGAGGAAGGAGCUGCAGAUAAGCUCAGCCAGGUUCCUGAGAAGCAUUCCUUGGGCCCUUGGCCCCUGAAGGCUCUGCUGUUACUGGAGGACUCAAGAGAGAGACACUUAUGGCAAGUCUACCAUGAAGGCCUGAAAAACUUUCUUUCCUUUAGAGAAGGCAUGGCUCUGUCUGCAGUCUGGCCAAUUCCAAUUGAACAAAUUAGAGACUUUCUGGUCACCAUGGAGUCCCAGGACCUGCCUCCCACGAAAAUAAUAAUGUAUAUGGAAGGAUUGUCCUUCAUCUCCAGAAUGGUAGAUCAUCCCGAUCCUCUUCCAGAUCCUCUUGUCUGUUACAUGAUGUCAAGGGUGAAACAGAGGAUUAGCCGUUCAAAUGAUGAAUACUCUCCUGUAACAAUUGAAGUGUUAAGAUCUCUCCUGGGAACUCUGGAGUCUGUGUGUAGCUCUCCUUAUGAGUGUAUGUUGUUCCGUGCUAUUUUUACUGUAGCUUUUUUUGGUGUGCUCCAUAUAGAACAGAUGGUGGCAAAUCACCAAAAUAUAGCACAGCCAGGACUCCUGAACUUGAGUGACCUCCAGCUGACAGAAGGACAUGCAACCCUUUCUCUGCAUCCAUCUUAUGUGGGCCAACAGAGGUGUUUGAUCCAACUGAGACUACGUAAAGAGAUGUGGGUAUGUCCUGUUGAAGCUCUCCGUAUCUACGUGGCAGCACGGCCACGAGGAGAGGGCCCUCUCUUUGUGCACUCUAAUAGUAUGGCUGUGACAAAGAGGGAGUUCCUCACUGUCUUCCACUGUGGUCUUAGAUUCGCUGGACUUCCUCCAAACCAGUAUGCAGUGCAUUCCUUUUGGUUGGGGAACCCUAACAGGAGAAUCUCAUGGGUAUCCCCACAAAGUUGGGCAAGAUUAGAAUAGAAUGGAAUACAAUAGAAUGGCAAGGUGGUGGUGAAGAUUCUGAGAAAGACAUACUUCUGUCUAUCUCUUGCACUUUCAUAGUAGAAGGUAUCUUCUGCAAUGCACAAUUUUUAUACUUUAUACAGGCUAAAUUUUCAGUGCUCUGUAAAGCUAGAGAGAAGGGGAGGAAAAAGUGGAAGGUGACAUUGUACCUGUCAUGGUUUUGAGAAUGAAGUGUCAUGGGUUUAAAACUGGGACUUGUGGGGCACAUGGUAUUCAGCA